CGGAAGUGCGUCAUUGCGCGGGGCCGGCGGAGUGAUGGCGGCCGAGGGAGACGUCGAGCUGGAGCUGGAGGCCGAGCCCAACGGCUCCGCGGUCGGCGGAGAUGGCGCCGGAGGGCGACCAGCCGAGAAGCCGCGAAAACACGACAGCGGCGCGGCGGAUCUGGAGCGCGUGACCGACUACGCGGAGGAGAAGGAGAUCCAGAGCUCCAACCUGGAAACGGCCAUGUCUGUGAUAGGGGACCGAAGGUCUAGAGAGCAGAAAGCAAAGCAGGAGCGAGAAAAAGAGCUGGCAAAAGUCACCAUCAAGAAAGAGGAUCUGGAAUUGAUUAUGAAUGAGAUGGAAAUAUCUAGGGCAGCAGCAGAACGCAGCUUACGAGAACACAUGGGCAAUGUGGUGGAUGCACUAAUCACUCUUACCAAUUGAGAACUCUGUGCUGGGUGUAAUUCUGUGGAGAAAGUAAAAAAUAUGCCUUUGGAGGGCAGGGUAGGCACUGUAUGACAAAUUUUGAAGUUAUUAAAUCAAGUGUGAUUUUCUAAUUUACUGUGUUAUAUAUAGAUUGAUGCAGAUUAACCAGUUAUCUUCCCCCAAUUAAUUAAUUAAAAAGAUUUUAAAUCUUCCCUUCAAGAAUUUUACUGAACUUCACAUUUUUUACAUAUGCAAUUUUUAAAUUAAAGAAAAUCAGAAAAAGGC